UGGACGUCAAUCUCAACGAUCACAGCAAAAAGGAAUCUCUAUGUUUGCGGUCCGCGUGAGGUGCGGAAUAUGUUUAUCUGCACGCCACAAUGCUUUUGCUUCAUCACCCCGCAUGUCAACAUGUCAUAACGGGCGGCUCCCCGGAGUUAAUGCCACGGGCCGAUGUCGGCUAAGGACAGGGCGCAUGCCAUGACGUUUAUCGAUUAGCGGCCAGAGUUUGAGCUCCACCUGCCAUGCGCAACGAUGCACUUGGGCGGCUUUUUCGCAAUCAGCCCACAUUCAAGCAUUUCUACCCCUCUGUCGCCCCAAUGCUCACUACCCAAGGACGGUCCCUAGCAUGAAGCAUGUUCAGCUGCUGCAAGGCCCAGUCGCGGGGCUUGGGGAGGACGACGGCGAGGGUGCUUCCCCGGUGCGAUAACGUUUGUACACCCAAUGUACGAGAGCAUGCCUCUGCAUUUUCUUCUGCAGCGCGGCUCAGCGCCUCGGGCAUCGAGCCUGUGCGCAAUGGCCGCAAGAGCGUCGCGAAGGAACGACAGCGCGCCGAGCGAGACGAAUUGACCCGCCUCCUCAAACAAUCGCCCGGCAAACGCGAUGCGAAGAACUUCCUAAAGCAUUUCGACACGCAGAAGCCCGAGCCUCCUACCGGCGGCACCAGGGUCAAACAACUCGCGAACGAGGCGGUCGAGAAGGCCCAUCGGAACGAGUGGAGGCUGACGCGGACGGGCGUCAAUCUGGGGAGCCUGUAUGAGCCUACUAAGGCUAUCCAGAACAGUCCUGUGUUCACGCAACAUAAACUACCGGAGAGGGGAUUCCAGGAGAAGGACCUGGAGCCGCUGCAUUUGGCCCUGGUCAAGCUGCGGCAGCCGCAGGCGCUGGAUCAUGAUACCUUGGGCGGAAUCGCGAUAACGUUGAGUCAAAUGGCAAGACUGGGCUUGAACAUCGCCGUAGUCGUGGACUGCGAUGAAGACGUCGCCCGAGAUACCCUGGAGCUGAACCCGGCUUGGGAAGUCACCGUACGCGAACAGGUGUCUCGCAUCGUUGAUGCUUUGGCAGAGUACAACGAGCCCGGAGCCUUCGAAGUCGAUCACGCGCUAUGCUAUUCCGACGUGGAUACGGAGAUCCCGAGCACUGUCCAGGUCCACGGUGGAGUGGAAGUGAAGAACAACCACCUCUUAUUCCCGCCGAUAGAAGACGGUAUCAUUCCGGUCAUACCCCCUUUUGCGUACGAUGCAGAGCUGAAGAAGGUUCGCGUGCAGGCCGAUGACGUAGUGCUCGCAUUGACCCGCGAGUUUUCCGGACUCACCACUCAGAGUCUUGGGGGAUACGCGCCGCAGGAACUAGACGAUGCGCUGUACAACAAAGACAGGACCUCCGAGGGAAGACCGGUACUAGACCGCAUCAUCAUUCUAGAUCCGCUGGGUGGAAUACCUUCUGAUGAUAGGGCUGAUGGAGCACAUGUCUUCAUCAACCUUGAAGCGGAGUAUUACGAUGUGAAGAAGGAUCUGGAACGGUUUCGGUCAAACGAACAAGUCCAGGAGAAGUCAGAAGCCUCCACAUCACCCGGGAGCAGCAACCCGUUUUCGAAGUUUGCAGAGUCAGAGAUUGCGCCUUUACCAGGCUCGCCCACCGAGCAGAUAGGCGAUAGCAUCCCAUCGUCACGUCACAUAAAAAACCUCGAAGUAGCGCAGGCAGCGCUCAGGCUUCUGCCUCCAUCCUCUUCCGCUCUUAUCAUAACCCCAGGGGAAGCAGCGAUAUCAUCUCAAAUUGCAUCAAUAUCUACGCCCUCAACAGGGGUGCGGACCCGACGAUCCAAGAACCCGCUCAUCCACAAUUUACUGACAGACAAACCCAUGAUUUCCUCUUCGCUACCUGCGCCUCUCGUCACUCGGCAUCUCGGCUCAGCUGCACCCAACCCCGCGACAUUCCUCAAGAAAGGGAUUCCGGUCACGAUGAUACCGGACCCGCGUGUGACAGGGCCGUGGCAUCCACCGUCGCCAUCCAACCUUUCCAUCGAACUCGAGAAUGAUCCGCGCAUCAACUUUCCCCGCCUCGUCGACCUGAUAGAAGACUCUUUUCGUAGGAAGCUCGAUGCGAAGCACUACCUCGACCGCAUCCGUGGCCGGGUAGCCGGCGUCAUUAUAGCAGGCGAUUACGAAGGCGGCGCAAUCUGUACCUGGGAAACGCCCGCCUCCCUUUCGAACAAGUCGCCACCACCCGACUCACCCCUCUGGAUCCCCUACCUCGACAAGUUCGCCGUCCUCACCUCGUCCCAAGGCUCCGGCGGCGUCGCGGACAUCGUCUGGGGUGCUUUGACCCGGUCUGCCUUCCCGAACGGUGUUGUGUGGCGAAGCAGGAAGACGAAUCCGGUGAAUAAGUGGUAUUUUGAAAGAGCGGUGGGCAUGUGGAAUCUGCCGGAUGGGUAUUGGACUAUGUUCUGGACGACGGAGGGCGUGGUUGAGGAGUGGGCGAAAGGUAAGAGACUGGGGGCGAGAGAGGAGGUGGAAAGAGAGAGGGGAAUGACGAGGUGGGAUGCGUAUUGGGAUGUGUGUUCGAGCGUUGCGCCUAGUUGGGCGGAUGGGAAGAAGCCGGAUUAGAUAAAAUAGGAAGACAGGACAAAAAGGGCAGUUAACGCAUUGCAGCAUG